CUGUCACUUUGACAGCACAAGCGGCACAUGAAGAGGCAGCACAGAGAGCGCCGUGCACGGAUUGAACUCACCCGUCGAUUUGACGUUAAAGGCAUCCUCUUUCAUUGCGUCUCCAACGGGGCGGCGACAUUAAAGGACGACAGCUUUCGGCAUCCCAACCGACCGAGCACGUAGGAGGAGGAGGAGGAGGAGGAGGAAAAGGGGCUUUAGCCGACUGCUAAUCGGGCUGCUAACGCUAGCCAGCUAGCUUGCGGGCUGACUGGGUUCAAUAGCAGGUGUUAGACACGGCAGCGUUUCGCAGCGGCGAACGGCAGCGUUUCGCAGCGGCGAACGGCAGCGUCAUUAAAUUAAAUCAUCCGCUUUUUUACACAUUUUCCCCCAUGCUGCGUUUAUUUACCCUCGCAUCGCUGCUCGCUAGCAUGCUAUGGCUAUGCUAACGCCAGCUCAGUGAGGCUUGACGUCGCAGGGGCGAGCCGAUAAUGCGGACUGAUGGACUGUUAGCUUCAGCGUCGCAUCCUCCCCACGUUUAGUCCUCCUCCGGAUCGGGCUUUAUGCGUUUAGUCAGGGCCGUGUUGGACAUUUGAUUAGGGCACUGGCCAGAUGAAUAGCGCUGUUAUCCACUGAGUCGUGAGGUGGCGGUGGCCGCUGUGCCAGUUUAGACUAGAGGGGAGUGCAUUUUUUUGAGGAUUCAACACUGCAAUAUCCAUAACCGUUUUGAUUUAAAAAAAAAAAAAAAAAAAAACAUGGCUUCGGCGAGCAGCAUUGCCGCAUCAAUUGCAAGCAAAACCAAGACCAAGAAGAAACACUUCGUCGCUCAGAAAGUCAAGCUCUUCCGUGCGAGCGACCCACUACUCAGCGUGGUUAUGUGGGGAGUCAACCAUUCUAUAAAUGAGUUGAGCCAUGUCCAGAUUCCCAUCAUGCUCAUGCCAGAUGACUUCAAGGCCUAUUCUAAGAUUAAAGUGGACAACCAUCUAUUCAAUAAAGAAAACAUGCCUAGCCAUUUCAAAUUCAAGGAGUACUGCCCCCUGGUGUUUCGAAAUCUCAGGGAGCGGUUCGGCAUCGACGACCAGGAUUUCUUGAACUCCCUGACACGUAGCGCUCCCUUGAACACUGAGGCCCAGGGAAGAAGCGGGGCCCGUUUCCAUACCUCCUAUGACAAGCGCUACGUCAUCAAGACCAUCAGCAGCGAAGAUGUGGCGGAAAUGCACAACAUUCUCAAGAAGUACCAUCAGUUCAUCGUGGAGUGCCACGGCAACACGCUGCUCCCUCAGUUUCUGGGGAUGUACCGUCUCACCGUGGACGGAGACGCUACUUACAUGAUCGUUACGCGCAACGUCUUCUCACACCGCCUUUCCGUCUUCAAAAAAUAUGAUCUUAAGGGUUCGACUGUGGCACGAGAGGCUAGCGACAAGGAGAAGGCUAAGGAGCUGCCGACCUACAAGGACAAUGACUUCAUCAACGACGGGCAGAAGAUCUGCAUCGAUGACGAGAACAAGAAAAUGUUUCUUGAAAAGCUCAGGAAAGAUGUGGAGUUCCUGGCACAGCUAAAGCUCAUGGACUACAGCCUGCUGGUCGAUCACGACGUUGAGCGAGCCGAGCAGGAGGAGGUGGAGAGCGAGGACAACGAGGCGGAGGAGGAGGGCGGGGAGAGCGACGGGGGAGUCAUCGGGACCCCUGACAGUCCCAGCAACACCCUGGACAGCACUAAGCCCCUGUCGCCGGGAGAGUUUGAUCCCACCAUUGAUGUCUAUGCCAUCAAAAGCAGCGACAGUGACUGCUCCAGGAAAGAAGUUUACUUCAUGGCCAUCAUAGACAUCCUGCAACAUUACGAUGCCAAGAAGAAGGCUGCCCAUGCCGCAAAGACAGUUAAACAUGGCGCCGGAGCGGAGAUCUCCACCGUGAACCCAGAGCAGUACUCCAAGAGGUUUUACGACUUCAUCAACACUAUUUUGUCAUAGCCCCCACGAGCACCGGGAGACGCGCAGCUUCGCAGGGAAGGGAGGGAGAAGCGCAAUGGGUUUUAGGGCGGAGGAAGGAAAUUGUGAGGGAAAUAAGGUGCUGCCAUGUCCUUGCCCGUUUUCCUCCCCCCGUCUCUGUUGGGCCUUGCCCUCUCUAACAGUGUGGGUGCCACGCGCCGCAGCAGCUAAAAACAUUGUUCGUUUACAGUUAACCUCUCCUCUUUAUGAGUUGUAUUUGUUUCUAUGGACGUUUUUGUGGAAAUGUGGCUUUUUAUUUGUUUUGCGCCUCGCACGUCAUUCUGGGUGUUUUUACGUCAGACUCGUCCUAUACAGGGCUGGAGGUGGAGUGUGAGUCUGGACUGAUGGGCGGGGGGAGGGUGGGUUAAAGGCAGCGCGAUGCUGCAUUUUAGAAAGUAAGUAACUGUCUUCCAAACGGUGCUCGGCAAGAACCAACAUUGACGCACCACCACCUCAGCCCAGCUUUUUGUUCUUCUUGCCGCUCGCUACGCAUGUUGUCCUUUAGGUUUUUUUUUGUUUUUUUGCGGGCUGAGUAAGUACAACUAAGGGAAGUAUCUUUCAAGUCCUCUGACAGGGAAUAAGCCGUGAAAAAGUAACUUUGGGUCUAGAUUCUUUUGGGGAGUCAUCUGCAGCCCUGAACAGGCUCUUUGCCAUCAGCACCUUAAAACAAAACAACAAAAUCUUGCACUUUUAUUUGUCGUUGCAGUCCAUAUACACACGUUCUCGCUUAUGUAGAAGAGCUGCAAGGGCUUUACCUCCAUGUGGGGACCAACCAGCAAAGUAUUAGAUUGGAACAAGAAGGUUUCUGUUUGUCAACAAAAUAACCACAUUGCGUCCUUGCAUGUUCGCUAACAGAGUAGGACAAACUUUAAUUGAUGGCCGCGUUCUCUUCGCAAGAUGCUCACUUUUUAUGCAAAAACAUUUGAGGCUUUGUUGGCAACACAACAAAUGACACAAAACAGUACCAGUUAGAUUGGUACAGCACUUUCCCCAACUCACGCUGUCAUCUACUUUUCUCUUCACAGUACAGUAGAAAAUUGAUGAUCCACUCCUGCAAUAGUUUGAUUUACAUAACACAGUACAGGUGACGGUGCACGUGAGAGACGACCGUUUACUCCCAAUGGUUGUGGUGAUUUUUAAAUACGGUUGCAGCCCUCACACAUUUGUGUUACAGUAACAUUGCCCUUCUCCUCUCUUGAAAGUGUUUUUGUGAAAUAAUACGGGAGUUUGUGUCUAGUUUUUGUCCAUGUUAUAUAUUUUGCACACGAGGAAAGGAACCAAAUGUUACGAACAACAAGCCCAAUUAUUCAAUGCGGUCUUAUCAAGGGAAAUGCAAUAUAUAUACUGUGUGUGUGUGUGUGAGAAAAGUGGUUUGUGCGUGUGACGUUGUGUAAUGUAUAACCAACUAAAACAAGUAAUGUCCUUGAUCUACAUAUUAACCCACCAAAAGCUUCCAUCACAAUAUGUUUGUGUAGAUAUCAGAUUAUAUUCACAUUUUAUAUUUUUACAUUGGAUUUAAGUCAUGAAUAAAGUUGUAUUUUAAAAGAAUGACAAAAACGGAGCCAACCUUUGGGAUGACUGGCGGUGCUGUGGUAAAUGAAGAAUUAUUAUGCUUGAAUUUCUACAAUGUGCUUAGAAAAAAAGUUAUGGAAAAAAAUGUGCAUGUCACAGGACUGAGUUUCCUUAUCUCUCAAGUCAGUGUUGUUGUGCCUGUUCAGGUUCUUUUUUGUGUCCCUGUGUGUGCUGUUCUAUGUCUUAUAGCACCCACACCCCGCACCAUGCUUUGUUUUCAUUGUUACACUGUGCAAGAUGUGUGCCUUUAUACUCCGAAAUUAUUUAAUUUUAUAUUUUGUAAUCUUUUUUUUUUUAAAUAAAUGUCAAAUGUUAUUUUGAUAAUAAGGUGUUUACUUUUGCCAUGUAUCAAUGCCCCUUUACAAAUACACCUCCUUCACUGUAUGUAUAGACAUGUUUUUAAAUGUUCAACCAUUUGAACGAUGGCGUCCAAACCACCUAUAACAAGCUGUGUCCCCUUUUGAGAUUGUGGCUAAGACAAAUUCAUCUUUGCGAUUAUUCUCUGCCUUUUUAAUCUGUGUGUGUGUAGAGUGUGUGUUGUGAUUGCGCCUUGUUGUGCUCAUCCUGGAUGUCAACUAUCUUAUCAAUUUUUUGGUUGUGUAACUCUUUGCUUCUUACCCUGACUUCUGUUUUCUUGCUUCUACUUAUUUUGUGUGUUGAAAAAAACAACAAUUGGAUAAUAUACACACUCUUGGUUAUGAGAUGCAAAAACAAGUUUCACUUUCAUCCUGUAGUAUGUUCUUUUAGGCCCUGGAGGCUUCCUUUUACACACAAAUGGCGACAGCAGUGCAUGCGGGGAGAAUGAUCAUUUGUUUUAUUGUUUUAAUUGAAGUAACUGAGUAGGAGCCACUGUCAGACUCCAGCAGUGGUAGACUUCCUUGCUGCUGGGCCUUCAAAUGCAUAUUUGUGGUCUUUGCUUGUGAAUGAGCUCUGCAGCUGUCUGUCAACUUGCCAAAAUAUUUUCUUUUCAGCAAACCAAAUGAGCUCAAAGGACAUUGUCUCUGCAUCAAUUGUUUGUGUUUUUCAUGCACUGGGAGAUGUCAAAAAGGAAGACACCUUGUGUUUUGGUAUCAAAUGCUGCACAGAACUGAAGGUCAGGUAGACUUUUAAAAUCUCCUUUAUUUGGCUUUUAAUUUUCAAAACUAUUUCCAUUAAUAAAUUAGAAAAGCGGGUGUGUUCAGUGGCAUAACGGCCAACAAAAAAAGAUGUUUAUUGAUACAUUUAAUAAUACAAUCCAUUCCAUAAGCAUUCACUCAAACCAAUUAAAUCACUUGUUCUGCUUGACUAAAAUGGUGGUUU